UUCCUGCUUCCGGUGUGUCACAUUUACACUUGUCCGUCACCACCAGCAACAAAACCACAUGUGAACGACACUGCGGCGCGAUGUCCUCCGCGUUAAGAGACCGAACCGGGGAGGUUCUGUUACCGGGGGAUGAGUUCUCCUUUGACACCGACGACACCAUCUCUCUGACGGGCCCCGUCAAACCAGAGAAGGUGGUGUGUGGACCGGGUCUGAGGCGGAGCGGGGACCGGCUGCUGGUGUGUAAAAGCGGCGUCCUACGGCACAAGCCGCCGAACAUGUUCUGGAUGGAUUCCCAGCAGAGGAGGUAUGUUCCAGCUAAAGGUGAAACCAUCAUCGGCAUCGUGACCGUAAAGUCAGGAGAUGUCUUCAAGGUGGACUUUGGAGGAAGUGAGCAGGCGUCUCUGUCCUACCUGGCUUUUGAGGGAGCAACUAAGAGGAACCGACCCAACGUGCAGGUGGGCGACCUAGUGUUCUCUCAGUUCCUCUUAGCCAAUCAAGACAUGGAGCCUGAGCUGGUGUGUGUGGACAGCUCAGGACGGGCCAAUGGGAUGGGAGUAUUUGGAGGAGGAGGUCUACUCUUCACGGUUUCUCUGGGACUUGUUAGAAGACUGCUGACCCCCCACAGCGAGAUCCUGUCAGACCUGAAGCAGCUGUUCCCCUGUGAGCUGGUGAUGGGAAUGAACGGCCGUCUGUGGGUGAAGUCCUGCAGCCUCCAGCAGACCCUCGUCAUCUCCAACCUGCUGCAGAGCUGCGACACCAUGACGGCCCAGCAGAGACGGGAGCUGUUCAGGAGGGUGGCCCAGGGGGCGCUGUAAGACCACCUGCUGCACCUGAACCAGCAGAGGGGGGGGGGGACACACUGUCGACCACAUGAGACCUCGGGUGCUCCUGCACCAGGUGUGCUGGAUCAGAGGGAGACGAGCUCCAGCUGCUGGGACAACCGGAUCUUCUUCAAGUCUUACAACCCUGAGAUUUACUUGAGGAUGAACAUCUUUGUGAUGAUAUGACAACAUCGGGAUGUUAUAUGUUUACUGGUUUUGAAGUAUGAAGUACAGUAAAGUCUAUUUUGUGACCACAUUCUUCUAGUCUUUGAAAACUCAUGUCCAAGUAAUGAUGAUUAUUACAAAGAAAGGUUGUGACGUUGAGCUUCCUACAUUUUUUGGAGCACUAUCCUUUGGUACAAGAUGACCUGAAAAUAAAUGUACUAUAUAAAUA